UUUCUCUCAAACAUUUGAUGAGAGGCUUUUACACAUAUAUAUGUUCUGCACUAAUUUAUUAGUCCAGUCUACACAUUUGUUUUUUAAAAAUUCUUUUUCACAUAUUUGGCACUGAAUCCUUGGGGGAGAUCGAGAAGAAAAUUAAAGCCACCUUCACCAGAAAAACCAAGGGAAAGAAACUUUGAUACACAUGUCAUUACUUUCAACCUUGUAAGUAGGGUACGCAUUUGGAUAUACUAUUGAAGAUAAAGAUACCUUUAUGAGCUUUCUCUACUCCACAAACUUAGUGAGUGGGGUACGCCAAUCUAAACACAGUAUAAUCGGUGGUCUGGUGGUGGAAAAAAGAUCCCUUUAUAUAUAUAGCUUCAUGUUGAAUUGUGUGAGUCGGGGUACACCAACAUCACGUUUUAUUUAUUCAUCUGAAGGAUAUCAUAUGGUGCAUAAAAAAGCGACUUUCUUAAGAAAUUAGACUGUUCUACACAUAUAUUAUUUUUAUUUUUGCAUAUGAUUCACAACACUGGGAUACAACACUGGAUGAACAUUGAAAGAAGAGAAGACAUCACCUGGGGAUCCAUUGAGAGGAACGUAUUGUGUAAAUUUUAAUAUACAGUAUAUGUACAUGUAAAGUGUUGGAUAUUGCGGUAUAGCGCCAAGAGCCAUAUCCUUUCCACCCCUUUUUUUGUAUUGUCUAUCUGUUGAAAGUGUGGUGACACUUUCAGGAAGGGACGUAGUUCAGGGCAGCUUAAAGGCGCCAAUGUAAUAGGAGCCCCCCACCUUCUCUUUUUUUCUUCGGUUAAAUGUAUAUACACCAAUUCUCAAUUUAUUCUAUUUAAUAUUAUUACAGACAAUGGGGUCCACAUUUGUUUAUAGAUUCAGGCUGUACCUAGGCUACAGAACAGAAGUAAAAUUAUUGUGCAACCUACUCCCAAUAAAUCUCCUAGUAACCCGGGGCUAGUAAUGGUGUUGGGUGUUACUAUGUCAUGGAUCCCUACAAUGCGGGCCACACAUGCUACAAUUUCCAGUAUGAUCAGCACAUGGCUAUGACGGCCAAUAAUAACCUAAGAAACCCCAUGUGAUCAUUUCUGAGCAUGCUGAAAAAUUACCGCAGAUCACCCUUAAUGGACCGGAAGAGGGGAUGUAUUAAAUCUUGGAGAGUGAUAAAGUACUAGUCAAUCAGCUUCUAGCUGACUAGUUGAUACUUUACUGAACAUUGCUGUGGCACAUCUUGGAGAAUUGCAUUGCUCCCUAUAUUACAGGCAGUGCUUGCUGGGAUGUGCUGCACCACAACAGUAGGAGAGCCACAGACAGCCAGGGUUAGCAGGGCAUCCUGCUAUUUGUAGUCCCACAGCAGAUGGUGCACUACAGGUUAAACAUACAUGAUCCAUCAUCUACAGUAUGUCUCUGCUCUUAAAAGUGCCAGCAGCUAUGACUACUUUGGGUCUGAACAAGGGGCCAGUCAGGGCAGAUAAAGGAAUUGCGGGAGCGGAGAUCAGCCUAUAAACACAGAUGAGGCGGCCUGCUCUGCCCAGCAUUCGUACUGUGCAUCUGGCCCCUGCUGACUUUCACCAUGCCUCAGUGAUGGCGAGUCCGGGGGCAUUGGGGACUUCGUAGCGGAGGGGUCGGAGGUCGAGGAGAGCGAUGGCUGCGACACCGACAGGAGACGUUCUGCCCCGACCGGUGGCAGGUGAAGCGACUGACGCAGUUCCGGGUCCUUCAGGCGCUGCUUGGAAUCAGCCAAUCAGCUUGGAAACAAGUGCUGACCUAAACAAACCAGCGUGCCACCUUACUCUCCCCAGCAUCCAGACUGUGACCCGGUACACUACUAGCUUUCAUCACCCCUCAGCAUGUCCCGUGCCUGUUACCUAUCCAGAAUGCUCUGAAGGGGACUCAAACCUAUGGAAUGGCAGCCCAGGAUCUCAUCCUAUGCCCAAUCCAGAACAAGGGUUGAUAGAGGCUCUGAAGUGCCUUAAUCACAAGGACUGGGAGAAGAAGCAAAAGGGUGAGUUCCCUGGCUUCCUGGCACCCUAAUGUCCUCAUCUCAAAAAUCCAUGUGAUAUGUUUAGCAGUUACCAGAGAGGUCAGCAAUCUGCGGUCCAAAGUUGCUUGCCAGGCCAUUCAGACACUCUGUGACCUCUUCAGGGUCCUGAAGAGAGACAUGGACCAAGAGGUAGAAGAUAUCACCCAGGUUCUGCUGCAGAAGAUCGGUGUCUGCAACAGCUUCCUAAAGGAAGAAUCGGACAAAUGUCUCUCAGUUAUGGUGGCAUUUGUCAGCCCGGCCAAGGCCAUGUCAGCACUAAUUGCUGUGGG